AGCGCCGCGCGCUUUUCACCGCCCUACCCAAAUUAUUGUUAAUUAAAACAUUAAUUACAUUUUUUGUGCUUGUGCUUGUGACAGUGCCGUGUCCGGUUGAGAGCGGCUCAAUCCGGUUUCGUCCAGGCGAAUCCAGUUCGAGCAAGUUCGGGUGCAGCACGGAGCAUGGGCGGAAAUGGCAUGGAGUGAGAUGGCGUGGCUCUGGCUCGCCGCCCUACUCGCCGCGCUUGCUAACGCCGCCUCGCGCGUGCCCACGCAGGAGCCCGUGCUAUUCGAAGCCGCUUUUCAAGGAAGGUGCGGCGAGGGUAGCCCAUGCGAGCAACUCUGCAGCGAGUUACACGACGGCACCUACGAAUGCGGGUGUGGUCCCGGCUACGUGCUACACGUAGACGGCUACGGCUGUUUAGAAAUCAACUCCACAAAGGCCACUGAGGCGCCUGUGAAAGAAGAUGUCCUCUAUCAAAAGGACGUCUCCUUCUCCGCGGAGCUAGAAGUUGCCCCGUCCACUAGAUUUAGUAAUAAUAUUAAACAUAUCGAUACCACACAUCAACCUAGUAAAGAGGAGAAAAGAGAAAACUAUUCAUUCACAGGAGAAAAGAGUAAAGAACUAGAUGGCCUUAAGAGUUUGAUAGAAGAUGGCGUUAGCAAAGCAGACUUGAAUAUCAUAUCAGAUGGGGCAAGUGAUAUUGAUAAGAUGAAAAUUACUACUCUGGGGCCGAGCUUGGAACAGAAAGUGCCAGGUGGAACGUCAUCGCCAAAGCAAACUACAGCAGUGGAAGGUUGUAAAUGCGACCCUUGUACAGACCCCAGGUGUACGUGUAUGCUACGGAAAUGUAAAACUGAUCAAAAGAUAUCAAUACCACGUUUUUCCGGUUCAUCGUGGAUAGCUUUACACGCACUACGAGGGGCGUACAAGCGCGUACGAUUACGUAUACGUGUGCGACCGGAGCGGACCAGGGGAGUUCUACUAUUGACAGGGGAGCACGAUGACCUAUCUGGAGAUUAUUUGGCACUGAUUUUAAGAAACGGGCAUGUGGAAUUGAGAUUCGACUGCGGCAGUGGAGCUGGUGUGCUUCGUUCUCCAGAACCGGUGCGUCUGGGAAGGUGGAAUACAGUAUCUGUGUACCGACAUCGGUGGGACGCUUGGCUUCGCUUGAAUACUGGGAAACGCGUGCGGGGGAGAUCUAAGGGCCUCUUCUCCAGGAUGACUUUUAGAGAGCCAGUAUGGGUGGGCGGUGCUGGCAAUACCACAGGACUGCAGAGCAAAUUGGGUCUUACGGAAGGUCUUCUUGGCUGUGUGGACUUCCUUAGAAUCAACGGUGAUACAUACCGACUAGUGAAGGAUGCUGUAUCUACUCUUGAUAUCAGUGAAUGUGCCCCAACCCUCGCUCCUUGGCGACCAUUGAAUGAAGUCACGAGCGAAAUAAUCCCACACAGACACAAUGACUUAGAUCACGCAAUAUACGACAUUAAUGAUAUCGUACAUUUUGAGGACAACGAUAUUGUUAUGCGCGACUCGAAGGACCAAAACAAAAUGGACAACUUUGUAAUGAAAUAUAAUGAUUUAAAGAAAAUGAAAUUCGACAAUGAUAAACGGGACGUCAAAUUUGUUAAUGAUAUUGAUAAUGAUUUGAAAAGCGAAGUAAAGGAUUGCCAGUGUCAACAUGGGGGUGGCUGUGUGGGAACCGUCUGCUUGUGUCCGCUGGGCUACGCUGGAGACAAAUGCGAGAUAACGCUGGAUUUAAAGGUACCUCGAUUCAACGGGUCCUCGUACCUACGGUUACCCGGGCUUGGCAAUUCGGCACAGUCAUGGUUAGAUAUACAGAUAACAGUGAAACCAACGAGUGGUGACGGUCUUCUUCUAUACAACGCUGAGGAUCCAAGUGGCGACGGUGACUUCUUUUCACUUCACCUCAGGGACUACUUCGUGGAGUUUGCCUUCGAUUUGGGUUCCGGUAUUGCGCUUGUGAGAUCAGCAUACCCCUUAAAACAAAACGAAUGGCACCGAAUAUCAGUGAAUCGGUCGGGUCGUCGCGCCUCCUUGCGUAUACGCUACGACACAGAUACGACACAUGACGCGUCACGAUCCGUUACGUCACGGGGUGUUGGUAAAUACUUGGAGCUUCGACAGCCCUUGAUGCUAGGAGGAGCCCCACAACCGUUGCCAGCUAGAUUAGCGCUUAAGAAUUCGUAUAGUGGCUGUGUUGGACAGUUAAUAAUCAAUGAUGAAGAACUGUCUGUGGUGUCGUCAGCGCUGGGAGGCGUCAACGUGGAUAAUUGCGAUGAUCCAAGAAACGAUUCUUGCUAUAACAACAUUUGCAGAGAAAGACUUGAACCUGUAUCAUACCCAAAAAAUCUAACAGACAAAACCCAUCAUACCAUCGUAGCAAAAAAGGGAUUCAAAUUAAAAAACCACAAAUCGAAGCAAAAGAAGCGCGCACGCAUGGAAAAGUAUAAGCGGAAAGGCUUUUUCAAAAAACGAUUUGAAAACGAAAUAAUGACAGAAGGACCGGUGUACGACGGACAGACGUACAUACAAAUGAAGUAUAUGAGUAGUAACGAAAUUAACUGGGGCGAUACUAAUAGUUAUCCGAGUUUUACGGGAACUGACAGCUUUAUUCACAUCGAUGAUGAGGAGACUAUGAAAAGAUUGCUAAGUUACACCCUGGACAUAAACAUCCGUUUCCGGUCAGUGUCACCCCAUGGCCUGUUAGUAUGGAGUGGCCGCGCUCCUUUAUCUCCAAGAACAGACUUUCUUUCACUUGCCGUUGAGAACUCUGUACUUGUGUUUAGAUAUGAUCUUGGUAGUGGAGAAGUCGUUAUAAUAGCAAAUCAUACUAAAGUAGACGACGGAUUAUGGCACAGAGCAAGAGCUACUAGGAAUCGACAAGCAGGUGUUCUAGAAGUGGAUGGGCUGGGUUCAGUCGGGAAAAUAUCUCCGGGAAAACUCAAACAACUGAACUCUGAAAACGGAUUAUAUAUAGGUGGUCUACCCUCAAUAGAAAUAAACACAAAUGGAAAAUACAAGAGCGGUCUCGUUGGGUGCGUCUCACAAAUAUCGCUAAGUGGAGAUUUCGACAUCCCCUUAACUUUAUCAAAACUACCCCACACUAUAACUAACAAUGUCGGUCGAUGUACACCAUAACAAAAGUUUUGUCAGAAACAAAAACGCAAAUAAAUUUAUUUCAUUUUGCAUAUGGAGCCUACUCCUUACAUACAUAUCAGAGAACAUCGGCAAUAAUGCAUCAAUGUGGGUACUUUUAGCUUCGAGUUAUCUAACAAAUUCACUUAAGCUUAGUGAAUGAGUUUUUUUUAAUAUAUUGAAUACUUUAAUAGUCUAAUAUCAUUAUCAGCGUAUAUUUAUCUGUUUUCAAUCACAGUUUUAAAAUAAUUGAAAAACAUAAACGGACGAAAAAAUGUAAAUCCAAUAAAAUUAUUUGUUAUACUCAGGUAACUAUAAAACAAUUUAUAUAUAGUAUAAAUAUAUUAAAAGUAUUACGAAAUAAACCCAAGUUUGAUAGAAUUUGCUAGUUUGCUCGAAAAAGUCCCAGUUUUUGGUUUGAAUCUGUAUCCAAUUUAGUCAAUUUAGAAUGAGCUGUGUUUGUGGCCGAAAAUUUUCUUAAUAACUUUGAUUAAAACAAAUACUUGAACAUUAUUGAGUAUAUGAUGCUAAUUAAACGAGAUCUAAUAUUAAAGUCGAAAUAGCGAAGGUACAAAAACUAUCGUCUUUGCAAUCUUCCGUCAAAACAUUUUAGUUUUUUUGGUACUUUUUGGUUUAAUUUAAUGGUAAUGUGUUGUCAUCUUGCAUAUGAAUUUAGAACGUAAUUUUAUGGUAGACAAUUAUUAAAAAAGUUACAAGAUUUUCAAUAUUCACUAUAGUAUCAAGAGUUUGUAUUUGUUUUAAUCACAGUAAAACUUAACCUUUUUCGUACAAUUUAAAACUUUUCGAAGUGCUUUACUAUCUAGUAGAUAUGAAAAAUACUAUUUGUAAUUAAAUAAAUUAUAGUCGUACAAGUGAUUUGCACGCAAUUUAGUUUCAUAACACGAUUUGUUAGUGCGAAUUCAGUGUUUUUCUCGCUCUCAUCCUCGCGUUUCACAUGGCAAGAGCGAGACAGAAAAUUCGCACGCUUUACGACCCUACUUAAGAGCGGACUUAAGUUUUAACCUUGAAUUUCUUGAUGGAGUUUUGGUGGAAUCUUAAGUCAUCUUAGGUUAUGUAUAAAUUAGUAUAUAACACGUAAUAGCGUUUGUAUCGAAUUUUGCAUAUAAACGUUUACUAGGAGUGAGUAGUAGAUAAAUAGUAAUUGGAUUUGAGCUUUUAUAUUUAGGCUUAUGUUUGCUUAGCUUCUGUAUCAUUUAGUAGUAUUAUUUGCCAUACAACCUAGUAAAACAGCCAACAUUUACCCACAGCUAAUUUUGCAUAGCUUCGUAAGCAAGUCCCAUUUGGGUUAACACUAAUAAUUUUGUCAAUUAACUAAUCCACAGGGUUAAAUAUAUAAAACAUAUCUUUCUUUGCAUAAAUCUUGCUCUAAAAUAAAUGAUAAAAAUGCAAAUCGACCAAAUUUUUUUAUUACCUACUUAAAUGUUUAUAAAAUAUGUUGAAUACACUUAACCAAAUAUGAAACUAGUCCACUUUGUUUAAUACUAUAAAUUAUAGAAAUAUGAUCUCAUACAAAUUGUAAUAUUAUUUAAUAGAUGUUUUGAGUGUUAUAUUUUCACAGGUCUGUAGGGUUAUUGAGAUUUUUACUUGCAUAAUGUAGUCACAUUUUCCUUUAAAAUUUGCAUAUUCUCACAUUGGUGUUUUUACCUAAUUUUGCUUAUUUUUUUUAUCAGGCGUUAUGUUAGGAUAAAUCUCAAUAAUGCAAUACCUGCUUUUCAUUGCAUUUUGGUAAGUUUUAUAUGCACAGCUUAUCAACUUCCCGGAUUUUUUAUUUUAUAUGUUUUAGUUUCAAACCCCAUAGUACAAUAAUGUUUCUGGCUAUUAUAAAUAAUUGGAAAUGCCUGAAAUAUCUAUAUUUAUAAAUAAGGUAUAAGUUUGCUUUUUAAAUACUAUAUAAACCUAUAAAUGUAUCAGUACUUAAUAAAAAAUAUUUAUAUUUAAAAUUAAAUAACCAUAAACAGUUACACUUCUUUUGUAUGGACCCUAAAAAAAUAUCUCAAUUUAUACAAAAAAAAAAUGGUUUGCAUAUUAGCACCACUCUUAGUUGUACGCAAUGGGCAUUGCCUCUCCUUCGAUCAUGGCCUCAUAUAUUACAUGUUAUUAUACCACUGAGCAAUGUAAAGCAGGUUACCAGCGAAGUAGGAGUAACAAAUAGCUUCGUAGACUUAGUUUUGUAUGUGAACCUGUCCGAUGUAUUAUACGCCGUUAUUUGUA